AGCCAUUGAGGAAAAAAGGGGGUCUCUCUCGGAUAUGGUGGAGUAGGCUACAUCGGGGCGGCUUGGAAACCACCUGGUUUGGAAUAACCCGAUGGAAAUUGGAGGACGGGAGCCUUGCGAAGUCCGUCUCGGGGAGGUUUUCAUGGAGCGUUGAGAUUAUUAUUAUGUGGUGGCUUGCCUUAAUGAUGUUUACAUCUCCGGCUUUCCCAUUCAUCGUGUUUGUGUGCAUGGGGUUAACCGAGGCGGCUCAUUCCUACGAUGCGCUGCCGUUAGUAAUAAGGAAAUCUCGUGCAGUCGCCGAAGAGCAUCUACAAACGAGCGCGGACGGGUUUCCAGGGCACCGGCUCGGCAUUGUCGCAUUAACACCAGCGCCCACCAUCACGUCCGCCAGAAACCCGAUAAAUGUCGCCGCACCAGCAGCCACCAUUAAACCAGCAACAACGAACCCCGCCACCCCAUCCCUGUCUAAUCCCAGCUACAUGGCUGCGUUUGCUCGGAGGAAGCUCAGCUCUUUGGAAACCCAGAUGAAAGUCGCACUGAUGUCUGAUAAUAGAGCGGACAGAUCAGGCGCCGUGCCCGAUUUUAGCACAACCUCGGACAAUUCUCAAGAGCUGGUGUGUAACUGCAGUGGUGAAGGAGUGUCAGACCCUGACGAGUGUGACCGUAAGACGGGUCAAUGUGACUGUAUGCCGGGUUACAUGGGCCUGCAGUGUGAAGAGUGCGAGGAAGAUCACUUUACCAACGGCACCAUCGGCUGCCUGCCCUGCGCAUGUGACUCCUUUGGGGCCCACGGCACCAGUUGUGACAGUUCAGGUAUGUGUACAUGCAAGAUGGGUGUCUACGGGCCCAAGUGUGACGACUGCCACCCUGGAUUCUUUCACUUCAGCAGCACAGGAUGCCAACCGUGCCAAUGCAAUAAUCACUCUACCUACUGCCAUCCUCAGUCAGGUGUCUGUUUGGACUGUCAGGACAACACUCAGGGUCACAACUGUGAAGAGUGUCUGCCCAGUUUUUAUCGGCGUGGCGGCGAAGGGUCAGCGGACGUCUGUCUGCCGUGUCCGUGCUCCUCUGAGACCUCCAGCGGCAUCUGCCAUCUUGAUUCCAGUGGACGCCCUGUAUGUGCCGAAUGUAAGCCUGGAUUCUCUGGCCCGACAUGUGGCUUGUGCACGGAUGGUAUGUUUAAGUCGGCAGGGAAGUGCGUCCCCUGUGACUGUAAUGGGAACGCUGACCCUCACUCUGCGCCACAAAUAUGCCACCCAGAGACGGGCCACUGCCACCGCUGCGUCAACCACACAACGGGAGCUCACUGUGAGAUCUGUGCUCGUGGAUACACCGGGGACGCCCGACGUCACAACUGCACCCUGAGAGCUGUGAGAGUCUUUCCGACAACUUCAAUUUCUUCUACACCUUCUUCCCGCCUCCUCACUUCCUCCUCACCCACCACCAACCCAAGCCUCCCGACUCUUCAGUCGGGCACAGGAGACUCGGCAGGACACAACAGCACAGCCUCCGCUCUGACAGUGGUGUCCUGGACACAGUUCAACAUCAUCAUCCUCGCCGUCAUCAUUGUGGUCGUGGUUCUCCUCAUGGGAUUUGUCGGAGGGGUGUACACCUACCGCGAGUACCGCAAUCGGAAACUCAACGCCCCGUUUUGGACCAUUGAACUAAAGGAGGACAACAUCAGUUUUAGCAGCUACCAUGACAGCAUCCCACAUGCUGAUCCAAAUGGGCUACUGGAGGAGGAACCAUGUGUGGUCGCGGCUAACGGGCAGUUAGCGCUCGCUACUGCUGCUAACAUGUACAAAGCGUGAAGUCGUCGAUACGAUUGUACAAUCUUCUUUUAUAGGGAUAGUUCAGCCAAACAUUUUCAUUUGCUCUUAUUUUGCAAAGAGCUGUGGUGAAAGAUUUGAGAAAAUCAAAUUUGACAUUUUUAAAAUGCGUCGCUGUUCUCUCGUGAAUCGAUUCUGAGCCUAAUUUUCAAUAGCAAAUGGCCCUCUAAGCUAGUAUUUAACGUUUACAUUUUUGUAAGCUCGCUACACUGCAAAUUACUAAGCAAAAUAAUCUUGUUUUCAAUUUGAAAUCAAAACAAGACAAUAUGUUUCAUGGCUAGAAAAUGCUUCUUGAUUUGGGAAUUUGUAGAUAUUUGGACUAUAAACAAGACAAAAACACUAAGUACACUGUAAAAAAUGCAGGGUGUCCUAAAAUAAAAAGUUAACUUGAUUGUUUUUGCAAAUUUAGGUUGAUUAAACUCUAAACAAUUAAGAUAUACCCCCAAAAAACUCAACAAUUGUGUUGAUUCAGCUCAUUAUAACUAAGUAUUUUGAAUAAGCAGCAAAAUAUAGAUUUCUUGUGUAAAAAAAAAAAACAUUUUUUGCUUCAAUUUCGCUUCCUAACUUUAUUAUUGAUUAUUUUAGAUUCGUUUCGUAUUUAUAAGAUAUUAAACGCAUGCAGAGUACGGCUGUUUGUAAGGCAUACAGCAACUCCUCAAUUCUAGAGUCAAUAUUUUUCACCACAGCUCCAAUUUUACUCAUCCGAGACUUUUUGUUUUCUUCCGUGGGACACACCAGAAGAUUUCUAGCUAAAACAGUGGUCCUAGGUGGUCUAUAAAAUGUAUUAUAACGUAUUGUGGCCUAGUGGUUGCAGGCCAGGUUAGUUUCAGUUUCAACUCCCUUUGCUUUUCAUUGUAUACACCAAAAAAACAAUGAAAUCGGUGGAAACUGGAAUUGUUUACAAACAGUUUAUUUCUUUUGAAUGAGUAACCCUUAUAGAAAAAAACAAAAUCAUGAGCUUUAUGUCAAACACACAUGAAACACAUAUGAAACACACGUGAAAUGUUUCUUUUUCACAUGAAAAUAUUCCAAAAUCAGGGCGGCAUGUGGCUCAGUGGUUAGCACUUUCACCUCACAGCAAGGUCACUGGUUUGAGUUCCAGCUGGGCCAGUUGACAUCCGUGUGGAGUUUGCAUGUUCUCCGAGUGUUGGCAUAGGUUUCCUCCGGGUGCUCCAGUUUUCCUCCACAGUCCAAAAAAAUGGACUAUAGGUGAAUUGGGUAAUCUAAAAUUGUCCGUAGUGUGUGAGUGUAAAUGAGUGUAUAUGUAUGUUUCCCAGUAAUGGGUUGCAGCUGGAAGGGCAUCCGCUGCAUAAAACAUAUGCUGGAUAAGUUGGUGGUUCAUUCCACUGUGGCGACCACAGAUUAGCCGAAGGAAAAUGAAUUAAUGACUUCAUUUCAUAUGUGUAUCAAAACAUCUUUGACACAAUGUAUAAAGUGCUAUAAAAAUAAAGGUUUCUGGACUUGUUUCACAUGUCUUCCAUGUGUGUUACAUUUAGUUUAUCACAUCAAGCUGAUGUAAAGCAUUUUUUUUUGUAAGGAAAGAACAAAGUAUUGAUUUUGGACUGAGCUAUCCUUUAUAAUUAUAAUGAAUUUGAAAGAAGAAGCCUGGGAGCCAAAGCGGACUUCUUUAUCCGAUUCCACUCACUAUUCAGCUCCGCAUUGCUUCCUGUGUGAUAUCCUCAUGCAAAGCGUAUUUCACUAUUUCCUAUAACAUUGCAGAGAGGACUGAAGGAAAUACAAGACAAGCCAUUAACCUAACGGUAGCCCUCAGAAAUAAACGUCAAUAAAUUGUGAAUACAUUGCCUCUUGACUGAGCCUCAUAGGAUGUAAAGAUGCUAAUCUGGCAGGUUGGACUUCCACGUAGAUUUUUGAGGCGACAGAAAGACCUUUGGCCCUACAUGCCAAGAUAAUUCCCCCAAACCUGCUGUUGGUAUAGCAAACUCCCAAAGGAAUGGGACCGAAUGGGAAAUUCGCUUGCCAUUCUCAACAGAAAUCAGAGGACGCUCAUUCAAACAUUAAGGAUUUUGUAAAGGAUAAUGUUGAAUGCCAGUCAAUGUGUGUGUGUGUGUGUGUGUGUAGACUUUGACAGAGACUAUUUCAACGGUGGAAAUUCACAUUUCUUAGGAACGCAAGUCUCGCUGUGAUUUCCUCUUGACACGGAUCGGACAAACUGAACGCGCUACAUAACAGUCAUACCUGUAACUCUAGCACCUGUUUCAGCCUUAUUGUAUCUACAGUAUGUAUGAGUGGGUGGAUAUGUGUGUGUGUGUGUGUGGGUGUGGAAGAGAGAGAGAGAGUGUGUGUGGAGACAGUAUCAGAUCUUAACUGUGUAGAGCUGGAUUCUACGCAGGAAUGUACAAAAGACUGGAUUGAAUCUGCUGCCUAGUUUCACUAAAAACUGAUCAAAUGUUUGACGUUGUAGACUCGAAAGCCAUGCUGAGUGCAAAAUGACCCAGGAGGAGCGUGUUCAGAGGACUUAAAAGGCACGACGGUGGACACAUUGUUUUUUUUCCCCUGCAAGGACCCUUUUAAAUGUGAUUCAGGAUCAUUUUUGGCUGAUUUGGACAAAGGACCGGUGUUUGAAUUUGUGUGUGUCUCUCUGUGUGCUGUUUUUUUUUUUAUUAUAAUUCAAAUUUGUCUUGUUAUUUCCUAUUUAUUUAUUAUUUGUGUUGGUCUCUGUGGUCUUAUUUUAUUGGUGUUUUUCAAUCUUCAUGCUGCAUUGUACAGUGUACCAUAUACCGAAUGCAAACUCUGUAGGCCGAGUUGUGAGCACAACCUCAAAGAUGUGUUGGAAGUUUUAUUUUCUCCUCUUAUUCUUUUGUUCUAAUUUAUUUAGUCAGGUUUCAUGUUAAUAAUUCACAGCAUACAAAGGGAUAUCAGUGGAAAAUCCUGUAUUUUCUCUUUCCUGAGUGGUCAAAUGACCGAAAUUAAAGGAAUAUUGAAUCAAA